GGGGCUCUACAAAAGCUCCGCGGGGCGCGGGCGUUGAGAGGACAGCGCCAUGAAGCCGGGGUCGCUGCUGCCGCUGGUGCUGCUGGUGGCCCUCCUGGCCCCUCGGGGCGAGUGCCAGCCGGACUCGGAGCUCGUCCUGGCAGAGAAGCCUGGCCAGUGCCCUGCGCCCAGGAAGAUCCCCGGCAGCUCCUGCGGCUACUUCUGCUCUACGGAUGAGGACUGCCCAGGCAGUGAACGCUGCUGCAGCAACGGCUGUGGAAAGGAGUGCAGGCUCCCCAUUGGAGAAAAGGCAGGUUUCUGCCCACGGCUGGACUCUCACAUGAUAACCAUCUGCCUGGUGGAGUGCGGCAGCGACACAGACUGCAAGGGCAACGAGAAGUGCUGCAGCUUGGGCUGCCACGUCCAGUGCGUGCGGCCGGUGCCAGCUAAACCAGGCGUCUGCCCCAAGAGAAGGGUGCUGCAGACCUUACUGCCUUGCAACAGCACCUGCAGCGACGACACCGACUGUCCCGGCAGCAAAAAGUGCUGCUUCACGGGCUGCGGCCGCGGCUGCAUCCCUCCUCGCAGGUGGAGCAGCUACAGCCCUGCUGCUGUCCUGAUGAGCUGGGGCUGCCGCCAGUGCCCUGCUCUCAUCGCCAACCCCGUGCUCCAAAGUGACAUCUGCCACUUGCCCCCGGAGCACGGCCCGUGCAGGGGACACUUCUAUCGCUACGCCUACAACCCUGCCACGGGGACGUGCCGGAUGUUCCAGUACGGCGGCUGCAGAGGGAACCCCAACAACUUCGAGACCCUGAACGAGUGCCAGCGGGUCUGCCAGUGGGGGAGAGCCAACGGGUGACCCUGAGGGGACCCUGAGCCCGGCCAGGUCUGCAGCGGGGCCAGCCUCUGCACCCCGACCUCUCAAUAAAGCCGCCAGGAUGCCUGGCUUGCAGCAUC